CUCCUCCUCCAAACCCUGCACGUCCUCGCCCUGGUCCACCGGCCAGACACCAAGUGGCGGUCGGUGUUGCCUUCCGGUCACGAGGGGGACCCUUGGUGGGGGUCCCUCUACGCAGGGAUUCUGCCCCUCUACAUUGUGGACCAGGGGUGGAGGGUAUUACACCGAGGUGUUCCCUGCAACUUGUUUCUCUCAUGGUUCUGAUUCGCCAGCCGCCUGCCAUUAUUGCGGGCUGGAAGAGUCUGUGUACCACGUGUACAUGGAGUGCGUGAGGCUGCAGCCACUAUUUGAAUACCUAAAGGGGCUGCUCCUUGCCUUCCGGCUGCAUUUUUCACCCACCAUCCUUAUCUUUGGACACCUGUACGUAGGGGAGAGGGUAGGGCUGAAGAUGCCUGCCCCUUUUCCGGGGGUUUGUCUGUGCCCGGGUGCAGUUAGAUAGGGAAUACGGGCAACCUGGGGGAGUUCCAGGACCGCUGGGCUCCGCAGGGUGUAGAAUGUAUUCUCAAUAAGGAUUGUAUCAUAGUUGUUUGGUAGGUUAUUAUGGAUAUAUGUUUUUAUUCUAGUAUGGUGGUGGGUUCUGCUUGUUUUAGUGUUGUGUAAUUAUUAUUUUCUAAUAAUUGAAUACCUUUUUGAUUUAAAAAAAAGGCUGGUUAACAAGCUCACGCGACUGGGCCCCUGCGCAUCCCUCUGCACUUGGAUCCCUGACUUCCUCAUCCACAGACCAGUCUCAUCCUUCUAAACUGCAGAGUGUACAAGCCCAGCUGCUCCAUUCUCUCAGCAUAUGACAGUUCCACCAUCCCGGGAAUUAACCUUGUAAACCUACGCUGCACUCCCUCAAUAGCAAGAAUGUCCUUCCUCAAAUUAGGAGACCAAAACUGCACACAAUACUCCAGGUGUGGUCUCACUAGGGCUCUGUACAACUGCAGAAGGACUUCUUUGCUCCUAUAUUCAAUUCCUCUUAUAAAGGCCAACAUGCCAUUCGUUUUCUUCACUGCCUGCUGUACCUGCAUGCUUACUUUCAUAGACUGAUGUACAAGAACCCCCAGAUCCCGUGAUACUUCCACUUUUCCCAACUUGCUGUCAUUUAGAUAGUAUCUGCCUUCCUGUUUUUGCAACCAAAGUGGAUAACCUCACAUUUAUCCACAUUAAACUUCAUCUGCCAUGCAUCUGCCCACUCCCCCAACCUGUCCAAGUCACCCUGCAUUCUCAUCGCAUCCUCCUCACAGUUCACACUGCCACCCAGCUUUGUGUCAUCUGCAAAUUUGCUAAUGUUACUUUGAAUCCCUUCAUCCAAAUCGUUGAUGUACAUUGUAAAAAGCUGCAGUCCCAGCACCGAGCCUUGCGGUACCCCACGUCACUGCCUGCCAUUCUGAAAGGGACCCCUUUAAUCCUUACUCUUUGUUUCCUGUCUGCCAACCACUUCUCUAUCCAUGUCAGCACUCUACCCCCAAUACCAUGUGCCCUAAUUUUGCCCACUAAUCUCCUAUGUUGGACCUUAUCAAAUGCUUUCUGAAAGUCCAGAUACACUACAUCCACUGGCUCUCCCUUGUCCAUUUUCCUAGUUACAUCUUCAAAAAAUUCCAAAAGAUUAGUCAAGCAUGAUUUCCCCUUCGUAAAUCCAUGCUGACUCGGACCGAUCCUGUUACUGCUAUCCAAAUGUGCGGCUAGCUCAUCUUUUAUAAUUAACUCCAGCAUCUUCCCCACCACCGAUGAUAGGCUAACUGAUCUAUAAUUCCCUGUUUUCUCUCUCCCGCCUUUCUAAAAAAGUGGGAUAACAUUAGCUACCCUCCAAUCCACAGGGACUGAUCCUGAGUCUAUUGAACAUUGGAAAUGUAUCACCAAUGCAUCCUUGAUUUCUAGAGCCAUUUCUUUAAGUACCCUGGGAUGCAGACCAUCAGGCCCUGGGGAUUUAUCAGCCUUCAGUCCCAUCAGUCUAUCCAACACCAUUUUCUGCCUAAUGCGGAUUUACUUCAGUUCCUCUGUCACCCCAGAUCCUCUGCCCACUACUAUAUCAGGAAAAUUGUUUGUGUCCUCCUUAGUAAAGACAGAUCCAAAGUAACUGUUCAACUCAUCUGUCAUUUCCUUGUUCCCCAUAAUAAAUUCACCUUUUUCGGUCCAUCGAUGAGGUGAUGGGGAGUCACAAGGGGCCCAUUGAUGAGGUCAGGGGAGGCAUCGAUGUGGUGACAUUUACGUCCCUGCUCCAGCCCACAGUCAACUGGACGACCGAUUAGUGAAGCACGAUGUGCAGACAGAUGAUACUGCUUUUGACUCUGGGCACGCUGGCUCUAAUGGGCGGCUUGCCCAAAUUCAUGAAACAGGAGGACGACUUGGCUUACUGCUCGGGCACAGCCCCCUGCUCCCUGGCCUUCCUGUCAAACAACCCACUCAGCCUGCGUUGCCCAGCUGCCACUGAAGCACCUGAAGACUCCGUCUACUGGCAGUACCAGGACCUCAGCCAGCCUCAAACCAAACCCCGCACCUUCAUCGGACCCGGGCACUUGAGGAUGUACCGUGGGCCAAUGGGCAAACUGGGAAGCCGAGUCAAUCUACGUAUAGGCUCCUUGAUCAUGAACAAGGCAGAGACCUCAGACACGGGCCUGUACCUGUGCAAGUCGGCUGACUCCAUCCUAGCCGCCUACCAGGUCGAUGUGCAGGACUCGUCUCUGCUUUACGUGUCCCACCAAGGGCUGGGGGAGAACAUUUUGUCAAACCAGAGCCUGAGAGUGAACUUGGGCUCUUCCCAGCACAUGGUCCAGCUCUACACCCGCUGGGGACCAUGGCAGGACUGUGACCGAUGCAAGGUGAUGGGGGAGCAGAAGAUGGUGGGCUUCUGCUAUGCCAAGCUAAGCGAGAUCGACAAGGACGAGGAAGAGGACGAGGAACUGGAGGUAAAUGGCGCCACCUUGCCCUGUGGCCUAAUGGAGUUGCACAUUGGGCAGUCCUUGCCCCGGCGCGGCGCCGAGCUCCACUACCAGAUGUGCCGCGAAUCGUGCAAGAAGGAGGAAAUACCAGUGGGGUUGUUGGAGAUUGGCGAUUGGUGGUGGUGGGGUCGGGAGACUGCGCUCGACUGGAUGGAGUCUCGCAUAAUGCUACUGCAGACGGUGUACCUCAACAUCCACGACAACGCCCAGAUGACAUGCCCGGGGGCGUCGGUGUACACGCCCGUUCUAUGGCAGCGUGACUCCACAUUCAUCACCCGAGGUGGCAACUGUAACGGGACCCACCGGCUGGACGACGCCACGGGCGGCGGCAUCUACCAAAUCGAAAGCGUGAUGCCCUCCGACCGCGGCAUUUACCGCUGCUGGGUGCAUGGGCGUAGGGUCGCCUCCUUCCACCUCGAGACGCCCGAGCUGCCAGUAGUACACCGCCACGUCACCCGGCGGCAUCUGCUCAACGGCAUGAGAAUCAUGGUCGGCACGAUCGCCAUGGUCUUCGUGAUCAGCGCCGUGGCUGAGACACUGUACGCCUGCUUGUUUGAGAUCUUCUAGAUCAACUGCCUCCUCCUGAAAAUAAUGACCACAAGAUAUAGGGGCAGAAUUAGGCCCAAAUCUGCCAUUUUAUCAUGGCUGAUUCAUUUUUUCCCUCUCAACCAAAUUCUUCUGCCCUCUCCCCGUAAUCUUUUUAAAAUGUAUUUAUUUUUUGUUAUUUGUAUUUUUAUUAGAAGCAAUGUACAGUAGUAUAGACCGCGGCAUAUGACAAAAUACAUUUAAUGUACAUCUAUUUUGAAUUUAACAAGAGAAAAAUAGAACCAGAGAGAAAGAACGAAAGAGAGAGAGUGAAAGAAAUAGUGAUGUGUAAACACCUAGACUAGCAUAGUGCAGUCCAGGAGUGAACCAGUAAAAGCCUAUACAAGAAUAAAGAGAAAAAAAAAAGAAACCCUUAUGUGUUGAUAUACCUGCUUCAUUUCUCACCAUACCCAUCACCCUGUUCGCGAAUCGGUUUAAUUCCAGAGUUGUGUUGCACCAUACUAUACUUGUAAUUAAUCAAUAAAAGGAGACCAUAUCUUUAAAAAUUGCUCUGAUUUUCAUGCUAAGACGAGUCUCAUCUCUUCAAUAUGUAGCGUCUCAGACAUGCUUGUGAUCCACAUUUUGAGCGUUGGGGUAGAUGCAUUUUUCCAAAAUUUAAGUAUACGUUUCUUUUGCCAUUAUCAAGCCGUAGUUGAGGAAACGUCAUUGAAAUAUUGAUAGCUCUGAGCAGGCUCCUGUUGUUCCAAAAAUAAUCAAUUCUGUAUUGG